AGGUGCUUACGUUGUAAGCACAGAGAAUUCAAACAAAAAAAGGCAGUUCAAUUUCUAAGCCAAGAACACAAGAUAUUAAGAUGAGUUGUGACUUCUGUUUCUCACAGGAAGUCAUUUCUAAACAAGGGGCGAAAGUUUGUAUUUGUUCCGUUUCCCUUUUUUCUGCAUUUUGUUGAUAAUAGUUGCUGGCCAUGGUCUUAACAGCGAUUUACCAAGCCCUUGCUAUGUGUCAGACACUGAACUGUUUUACAAACAGUAUCUCAUUUAAUCCUCACAAAAAUCUACCAGGAGCCAUCCAUAGCAUGAAACACUACUCAGAAAUUAAAAGGAAUGACCUACUGGCGCAUGCAACAACCUGGAUGAAAUUCCACAGAAUUAUGUUGGGGGCGGAGGUAGGGUUCCUAGUCAAUCCCAAAAGGUUACAUACUUUAUGAUUCUAUUUAUCUAACUAAUCUAUUCUUGAAAACACAAAAUGAGGGAAAGGGAGAACAGAGUAGUAGUUGCCAGGGGCUGGAGAACAAAAGGUGGGAGGGAAGCAGGUGUGGGUAUAAAAAGGCAACACAAAGAACCCUUGUCUUGUGGUGAAAAUGUUCUGUACCUUCACUGAUCAAUUUCCAUAUCCUGGUUGUGAUAUUACUGUACUAUAAGUUUUGCAAAAUGUCACCUUCGAGGGAAACUGGGUAAAUGGUGCUAUUUCUUCCCCCUGCAUGUAAAUCUACAAUUUAUCUCCAAAUAAAAAGAGAUAAAUUCAAAUAAUAUAAGGAAAUUGGGGCUCAGGGUGGUAAAACAAUUUCAGAGCCAGAAUGCAAACUCAGGUGUCAGACUGCCAAACCUGAGCGUUUGGAGACUUGACUCUAUUCAAGGGAACCAAGAAGGAGGACCCCAUCGGGCCUAGAAGUCCAUUAGACCAGGGGACCCACGGGUGUCAUGGGCUGAUGUGUUACCCGGGGUCUACUGUCCUGAAAAGGCUGAGAAUGUGGCUUGGAGAAACUAUUUGGUAAGCCCUGUGGGUUGGUGCUGAGUGCCAACAUUGAACAACCGGGUUUCCCCUUCCCAAGGUGUGUGAAAAAGGGAUGAGAGUGUGUGUGUGGGGGGGGGGUCCCCCUAUGUGUUUGUCUAUGUGGGUGUCUCCAGUUAGGUAUCCCCUUUGUCAGUUACUCCGUGAAUAUGUCAGUUUCCGGGUGAGAGAGGGUAGGGUGAUGUGCAAGUUCUGCCUACGUGUGUGCAGGUCGGUGUAUACGUUAUGUUUGGGUGCACCCGGGGCAGGUCUCCCCGGGUCACACCCACAUAACUUGUUUCUAUGAGGUUAAACCAUUUGAUAAUACCUCCCCCAAAGCAAAGCUGACUAUUGAGCCAGCCUGUCACGAACUGGGUCUGUGUACUGUAGAUAAACUGGGUAAUUGGACUCUCCGCCUCUUCAUCCAAAACAAACACUCACAGACCGCCCACCCCCACGCUGGAAGGAGUCUGGUUCCUGUCAUCUGGGUACUUGGCUCCAGUGCCCCGCCUCUCUGACCCUGUAGACAAGGUGAGCGUCUCCCCGAGGGGCCCUUCCCCUCCCCCGCGGGCGGACGCUGCCAGCGCUUAUGUAAAGAGGUCACGGCCUGCUCCGCCGCCGCCGCCGGGCGCACGCGGCUUCCUGCACAGGUGUGGCGGCUGCGGGCGGGGAUGUGCGUGGAGCAGCCUGGCGGGCCUCCUCCUCCCGGGCGGCUCCGCUUCUCCUUCGCGCUGCUCGUUCCUUCUCCUCGUCUGCAUGUGUGACAGCGGUGUGCGGGCUGGGGAAGGACAGCGCGCCCUGUCCCCAGCUCCCCGCAGCCCUGGGGGGGCUCCCCGCUCCCGGGUGAUGCGCUGCCUGCGCCUCGCCGCCGCGCUCCUCGGGCCUGGCUGUGGCCAGGCGCGGACGCCGCCGGACCGCGCAGUCUGGAGGGACUGUGAAGCGCUGGCCGGCGUCGGGGCCCUUGCCCCGGGGUCGGGCGGGAGCCUGCGGACGGGAGCCAGAUGGAGGCGGCGAGAGGGGGCGCGGAGUAGCGGGCGGCCCCCCGGGCUCGCACCUCCCGCGGCGCCGUGGCGCUCCGCGGGCACUGGGGCGCGGCGGGCGGGGCCCCCGGGGCUGCCAUGGAGGUGCCUAACGUCAAGGACUUCCAGUGGAAGCGCCUGGCGCCGCUGCCCAGCCGCCGGGUCUACUGCUCCCUGCUGGAGACCGGGGGGCAGGUCUAUGCCAUCGGGGGAUGUGACGACAACGGCAUCCCCAUGGACUGCUUUGAGGUCUACUCCCCCGAGGCCGACCAGUGGACCGCCCUGCCCCCCCUGCCCACGGCCCGGGCCGGGGUGGCCGUCACCGCCCUGGGGAAGCGGAUCAUGGUGAUCGGGGGUGUGGGCACCAAUCAGCUGCCCCUGAAGGUCGUGGAGAUGUACAACAUCGAUGAGGGCAAGUGGAAGAAGAGGAGCGUGCUGCGUGAGGCCGCCAUGGGCAUUUCUGUCACGGCCAAAGAUUACCGAGUGUAUGCGGCAGGCGGGAUGGGCCUGGACCUCCGUCCGCACAACCACCUCCAACACUAUGACAUGCUCAAGGACAUGUGGGUGUCACUAGCACCCAUGCCCACCCCGAGAUAUGCUGCCACCUCCUUCCUCCGAGGCUCCAAGAUCUAUGUGCUAGGGGGACGACAGUCCAAGUAUGCAGUCAACGCCUUUGAGGUUUUUGACAUCGAGACUCGCUCCUGGACCAAGUUCCCCAACAUUCCCUGUAAGCGGGCCUUCUCCAGCUUUGUGACCCUGGAUGACCACUUGUACAGCCUGGGAGGCCUGAGGCAGGGUCGGCUCUACCGGCAGCCCAAGUUCCUCCGGACGAUGGACGUGUUCGACAUGGAACAAGGGGGAUGGCUGAAGAUGGAACGCUCGUUCUUCCUCAGGAAGCGGCGGGCAGACUUUGUGGCCGGCGCUCUGAGUGGACGGGUCAUAGUGGCCGGAGGACUUGGGAACCAGCCCACUGUCCUGGAGACAGCAGAGGCGCUCCACCCCGGGAGGAACAAGUGGGAGGCCCUCCCCACCAUGCCCACGCCCCGCUGCGCCUGCUCCAGCAUUGUCGUCAAGAACUGCCUCCUGGCUGUGGGGGGCGUCAACCAGGGUCUGAGCGACGCAGUGGAAGCCCUGUGUGUCUCUGACUCCUAGCUCUCAGCACAGCGCCUGUGCCCCGGACCGGAUCAGCCCACUCCCCACAAGAGGAAUGGUCUCAUCAAAGCAGUGUGGGCGACUUCCCAGGAUGUCAGCUCCUGUCAGCAGCUAGUGGGGUCAGGCCCCGGGGUUCUGAGGGACCUCCCUCCGCCUCCAAACCCUACCCAUCCCAGGAAACCAUGCGAAGUCCCAGGGACUCAGCCAGCCUCCAGCUGGAGGCCAGCUGAACUCUGAGGAGAGUCCCCCCUUCCUGCUCAGGCAGAGAAAGACACAGGAGUACUGGCUACCUCCCCUUCCUGUGAGUUCCACCUCCCCCCGUGUCCAGGGUAGGGGGUGGGCAGGGCCGAAGACAGCUGCUAUCACUGUCCUCUCCCCAGCUCUGAACUAGUUUGAGGGUCCCUCGGGAUGGAAAACGGAGAAGGUUCGCAAGGAGUCCCAAACCCCUCGCUUCUCCCUUGGUCUACAUCCUUUCCCCAUUUGGUGGUCAGCCGUGGGCCUGCCCUAGCCCUCGUCCCCUCAGCAAGAAUUGGCCUUGGAGUCAGGUUCACGGGGACUGGUCCAGGUCAGUAGCCUCGGCCAGGAAGGACCCGUGCCUCUCGGGUCCUCGACGGGAAAGUGACGAUGCGGAAGCAGCAGACGCCCAGCCCAGGCUCUGCUUCCCGCUCCUCCCCUCGCUCACUUUCUCCUUCGGCCACCCUCCCCUCGCCCUUUCAUCACCCGCGGCCCCAGCGCAUUUCUGGGCAAAACCUUCUCAUGUACACUGUGGCAUCCAAAUCCACGAAGGAUGGAUUAACUGCACUCUGGUUAACAGCAGCAGCACAACAAUUAAAAUCUAUAUUCCUA